AUGCCCGGUGCUUCCUCAUCGCUUGUGGUCAAAUUUGCUGACACGGAGAAGGAGCGGCAGUUGCGCCGAAUGCAGCAAAUGGCCGCCCAAAUGGGUUUGCUCAAUCCAGUACUGGUCACUCAGGCUGGCGUCUAUAAUGCUGCUUACCAACAGGUCAGCAAAAAAAUUUUCGUAUUAAUUUGCAGAUUCUAA